GAAGCCCUACUUCUACCUCUAUCAUCAACGAGCGGUACCUCUGAUGCAGAAGGACGACGGAAGAUGGAUGCCAAGGAUAUCCGAGUGGGGUUCGUUGGUAGUGUUAUGAAGGACCCCCAAUCACCUCAUGCACAUCUGCAUGCACACGCGAUGCUAGGGCCGAUUGACACGACCCUUCCCGGAGCGACAUUCUGGCGACGCACAGUCGUAUUCGGUGGGGUCAACUGGUGGAGCGUGGAUGAUCUUCGAGCGGAAAUACGGGAGGAAACUUCGAACAACCGAGUCAAAUCAGGAUACACGGACAGAGGAACAGCACCGAUAGACAAAGUUCCUGAUGCUGGAUCUACUUCGGGACUCCCCAAUGCUCUUGACCCUGAUCCAUACAUCGAUUCCCCUGCCGGGCCUCCCACUGUCAGUUUGCCGCCUAGUAACGCACCUGCGUCUCGAAAGAUGUCAUCACGACCGACCGACUCGAGACAACCCUUAGAAGCUGUGAACAGCUUGCAACUCAACCGCAUGAGUUAUGACCGCUAUGACGCUGUAGACCUUCAAUCCACCCCUGCCAUUCGUUGACCAAUUGAAGACGAACCUAUGCUGACAGGGAUCAUUUCUGUACAAAAAGUAACAUUAUGCAUUGCCACCUGAUUUCUGG